CCAGCAAGCGCGUGUCCACCCGGGCGCGCCACGCCAGCCGUGCGCCCCAGCAGCUCGCCGUGCGCCCGCGCCCCAGGUGCCCACUGGCUCGCGCGCCCUCCGUCUGCGCCCUGGAGACCCGCGGCGGCGAUCGCUCGGAGCCGCCCUGGACCGCCGCCUUGGGUCCACCACACUCCAGGGGCGGAGCGAGGCACCGAGACGUCAGGGCGGAGAACUAGCGCCGGGCUAGCGCGCCCUCCCGGCGGCUGCCCGCGUCCCACGUCCUCGGCUGGCGCGGCCGGCGGCGGCGGCGGCGACCGGGAGAUGCAGUGAGCGGCGGCGCUGGGGCGCAGCCAGGCGGCCGGGAGGGCGGGGGCCAGAGGCUGAGCCCGGGCGAGCCCGCCGUGCGCACAGCUCUGCCCGCCGCCUCUGGAGCGGAUCCCCAGCCGUCCCUCGGCGUUCUCCCGGGUUCUAGCAAAGCCCCCCGGGGUGCCCAUCAGUUUCCUUGGGUGACUACAGCGUGUGUUUUUUCUUUCCUCUUUCCCCUGCCUGUGUGCCCUUCUCCAGGAUGGCAGAGGCGGAAUUGCACAAGGAAAGGCUGCAAGCCAUAGCAGAAAAAAGAAAGAGGCAGACUGAAAUAGAAGGCAAGCGACAACAGCUUGACGAGCAGAUACUUCUGCUGCAGCAUUCCAAGUCCAAAGUGCUUCGGGAGAAAUGGCUGCUGCAGGGCAUACCCGCUGGAACUGCCGAAGAGGAGGAAGCCAGGAGGCGGCAGUCUGAAGAGGAUGAGUUCAGAGUCAAGCAACUUGAAGAUAACAUUCAGAGGCUGGAGCAAGAAAUACAAACGCUAGAAAGUGAAGAGUCCCAGAUAUCUGCCAAAGAGCAAAUCAUCCUAGAGAAACUGAAGGAGACAGAAAAAUCCUUCAAGGACUUUCAGAAGGGUUUCUCCAGUACGGAUGGAGAUGGAGUUUCACUCUUGUCGCCCAGGCUGGAGUGCAGUGGUGCCAUCUUGGCUCACUGCAACAACCUCCUCCCAGGUUCAAGCCAUUCUCCUGCCUCAGCCCCCCGAGUAGCUGGGAUUACAGAUGCAGUAAAUUACAUUUCCUCCCAGCUUCCCGACCUGCCAAUCCUCUGUUCACGAACAGCAGAACCAUCACCUGGGCAGGACGGGACCAGCAGAGCGGCUGCUGUGUACGCCAUGGAAAUUAAUGUGGAGAAAGACAAACAAACAGGAGAGACCAAGAUUCUCUCUACAUCUACCAUUGGCCCAGAGGGGGUCCAUCAGAAAGGAGUCAAAGUCUAUGAUGAUGGUACCAAAGUAGUGUAUGAGGUGCACUCAGGAGGCACCGUAGUAGAAAAUGGAGUGCACAAAUUAAGCACAAAGGAUGUAGAAGAGCUUAUUCAGAAGGCUGGACAAUCAAGCUUAGGAGGAGGGCACGUGUCCGAAAGGACUGUGAUUGCAGAUGGGAGCCUCAGCCAUCCCAAGGAACACAUGCUCUGCAAAGAAGCUAAGUUAGAAAUGGUACAUAAGUCUAGGAAAGACCAUUCUUCUGGGAACCCAGGGCAGCAGGCCCAAGCCCCCAGCGCUGCAGGGCCGGAGGCAAACUUGGAUCAGCCCGUCACCAUGAUUUUUAUGGGCUACCAAAAUAUCGAGGAUGAAGAGGAGACGAAAAAGGUGCUAGGCUAUGAUGAAACCAUCAAGGCUGAAUUGGUCCUCAUUGAUGAAGAUGAUGAGAAGUCAUUGAGGGAGAAGACAGUGACAGACGUGUCCACUAUUGACGGGAACGCGGCUGAGCUUGUGUCUGGGAGGCCGGUCUCAGACACCACAGAGCCCUCAUCCCCAGAAGGAAAGGAAGAGAGCCUAGCUACAGAGCCAGCCCCAGGCGUCGGGUGGGAGAAUGUGCUGCUAAAGGAAGGUGAGUCAGCCUUGAACGCCACAGAAACGUCCGGCCCAGACAUGACUAUCAAGAAGCCUCCCCAGCUUUCUGAGGAUGAUAUCCGGCUGAAAAGCGAGGGAGACAACUAUAGUGCCACCCUCCUGGAGCCUGCUGCCAGCUCUCUUUCCCCAGAUCACAAAAACAUGGAAAUUGAGGUGUCUGUUGCAGAAUGUAAAAGUGUUCCUGGAAUCACCUCUACCCCACAUCCCAUGGACCACCCCUCCGCUUUCUAUUCACCCCCCCAUAAUGGCCUCCUCACUGAUCACCACGAAUCCCUGGAUAAUGAUGUCGCCAGAGAGAUCCGCUAUCUAGAUGAGGUGCUAGAGGCCAACUGCUGUGAUUCUGCUGUGGAUGGAACGUACAAUGGAACAUCCUCCCCAGAGCCUGGUGCAGUGGUUCUGGUGGGCAGCCUAAGCCCCCCUGUCCACGAGGCGACCCAGCCAGAACCUAUUGAGAGAACAGCUAGCCGGCAGGCACCUCCUCACAUCGAGCUCAGUAAUAGCAGCCCUGACCCCAUGGCAGAGGCAGAAAGAACAAAUGGCCAUUCCCCCAGCCAGCCUAAAGAUGCGCUGGGGGACAGCCUGCAGGCACCUGUCAGCCCCAGCUCCACAACCAGCUCACGGUGUUCUUCCCGAGAUGGAGAGUUCACUCUCACCACACUGAAGAAGGAGGCCAAGUUUGAGCUGCGUGCCUUCCAUGAAGACAAGAAGCCCUCCAAGCUCUUUGAGGAUGAUGAGCAUGAGAAAGAACAAUACUGCGUUAGAAAAGUGAGGCCUUCGGAAGAGAUGCUGGAGCUGGAAAAGGAGAGGAGAGAGCUCAUCCGCAGCCAGGCCGUCAAGAAGAAUCCUGGCAUUGCAGCAAAAUGGUGGAAUCCCCCGCAGGAAAAAACCAUUGAGGAGCAGCUGGACGAGGAACAUCUGGAGUCGCACAAAAAGUACAAGGAGCGCAAGGAGAGAAGGGCACAGCAGGAACAGUUGCUGCUGCAGCAGCAGUUACAGCAGCAGCAGCAAUUGCAGCAGCAGCAGCAGCCCCCAUCGCAGCUCUGCACAGCCCCUGCCUCUUCUCAUGAACGCGCAAGCAUGAUUGACAAAGCAAAGGAGGACAUUGUCACAGAGCAGAUAGAUUUCUCUGCUGCUCGCAAACAAUUUCAGCUGAUGGAGAAUUCCAGGCAAGCGGUGGCCAAGGGCCAGAGUACACCCAGGCUGUUCUCCAUCAAGCCUUUCUACAGGCCUCUGGGGUCAGUCAACUCAGACAAGCCACUGACUAAUCCGAGACCACCUUCUGUUGGGGGACCUCCAGAAGAUAGUGGUGCCUCAGCCGCCAAGGGACAGAAAUCCCCCGGUGCCCUGGAGACCCCAUCGGCAGCAGGAAGCCAGGGUAACACAGCCCCUCAGGGGAAGGAAGGGCCCUACAGCGAGCCUUCUAAACGUGGGCCCUUAUCUAAACUGUGGGCUGAGGAUGGAGAAUUUACGAGCGCCCGGGCCAUCCUCACCGUGGUCAAGGAUGAUGACCAUGGGAUUUUGGAUCAGUUCUCAAGAUCUGUCAAUGUCUCCUUGACCCAAGAGGAGCUUGACUCUGGUCUGGAUGAAUUGUCAGUGAGGUCUCAGGAUACCACAGUCCUGGAGACCCUAUCCAAUGAUUUCAGCAUGGACAACAUCAGUGACAGCGGGGCCUCCAAUGAGACAACCAAUGCCCUCCAGGAAAAUUCACUGGCUGAUUUUUCUCUGCCCCAGACGCCACAAACUGACAACCCCUCAGAGGGCCGAGGAGAAGGCGUCUCCAAGUCAUUUAGUGAUCAUGGUUUCUAUUCCCCUUCCUCCAUGCUGGGGGACUCUCCGUCGGUUGAUGAUCCCUUGGAGUAUCAGGCUGGCCUCCUGGUGCAGAAUGCCAUUCAACAAGCCAUAGCUGAGCAGGUGGAUAAAGCUGUGUCCAAAAGCAGCAGGGAUGGAGCAGAGCAACAGGGACCUGAAGCGACUGUAGAGGAAGCUGAAGCCGGGGCUUUCGGCUCAGAAAAGCCUCAGAGCAUGUUUGAGCCACCUCAGGUGUCUUCUCCUGUUCAAGAGAAAAGGGAUGUAUUACCAAAGAUUCUGCCUGCUGAAGACAGGGCGCUCAGGGAAAGGGGGCCCCCCCAGCCACUGCCAGCUGUGCAGUCCAGUGGCCCGAUUAACAUGGAGGAGACCAGGCCCGAAGGAAGCUAUUUCAGCAAGUACUCAGAGGCAGCUGAGCUGAGAAGCACAGCCUCCAUCCUGGCCACUCAAGAAUCCGACGUGAUGGUUGGGCCUUUCAAGCUGAGGUCCAGGAAACAGCGGACUUUGUCCAUGAUCGAGGAAGAGAUCCGAGCAGCUCAGGAAAGGGAAGAGGAGCUGAAGAGGCAGAGACAAGUCUUGCAGAGUACGCAGAGCCCCAGGACAAAGAAUGCCCCAUCGCUGCCCUCCAGAACAUGCUACAAAACUGCCCCAGGGAAAAUAGAGAAAGUCAAACCUCCUCCAUCCCCCACCACUGAAGGCCCCAGCUUGCAGCCUGACUUAGCCCCUGAAGAGGCUGCCGGAACCCAGCGGCCCAAGAAUCUGAUGCAGACCCUCAUGGAAGACUAUGAGACACACAAAUCUAAAAGGCGCGAGAGAAUGGAUGAUAGUAGUGUCCUUGAGGCCACACGGGUUAAUCGAAGAAAGAGCGCACUGGCUUUGCGCUGGGAAGCAGGGAUCUAUGCCAACCAGGAGGAAGAAGACAACGAAUAAACUUCCUUCAACCCAGGAAGCAUCUUUGGUGCUUGGGAGACCAAGAAACCAAGAAAUUAACAACUGAAAGCAUUUUAAUGGACUAUUUAUUAAAGUGCAAACAAACUCAGCAAUCCUUAUGUAGACCAGAAGCUACAAUACACAA